AUGUCCACCCAGCAAGGCCGGAGAGGCAUUCCCAUGACCGUACUGCCAGGACGGGGCCUACACCACGUUCGCCUGCUGGAGCUGCCCGCCGAACUUCUCGCGCUAAUCACCUCGGAGACUCCGCCGCUAUUACAGCUAAAGUCAACAGAAGAUGUCACAGGCGAUGCCAAAGACGCCAACGCCGUACUCUGCACCAAGGACAAGACAUGGAACAUACGUCAGGUCAGCACGUCCAACAGCGUCUACCUCACCCACCAGCUCGAGACCCCGGACAAGGAUGGCGUUGUCCCGCGGAUAGGCGUCCAAGCCUGGUCCAAAUGUGACUCUACGCUCGAGCUACUCCCCGAGGCCAAGCAGUCCGCAGCGCCCUAUAUCAAGAAAGUACUGCCGACUUACGCGUCGACCGGCAAUUACGGCUCGCAAAAGUCCAUUUCCAAGGCAGAACUAUUCUCUCACAUCCCAUUGAGCGAGGUUGAAUGCCAGGAUGGGUGGUCAGAAUUGGCGUGCUUCGAGUCGACGGACCCUGAGGGUUGCUUCACACCAAGCGCGGCUGUGAAGACUCAGAUAUGGCAGGCAGCCAUUACAGCAGCGACGGCAGAGGGUGCGAAUCUGACGGAUCCUUUCAUCGCUGACGACAUACCUGCGUUCGCGCUAGAUCUUCGGAGCGACUGGCCCUUGGAGAUUCUCGCGGCUGUGUUCGCAGCAGUGUCGACAUCAACACCAGGUGGUAACCUUGCAAUAGAUGAAGACCGAUGUGUACGCUUCAUUGGGCGGAGUCAGCUGGAGCAUGGGUCGGGAGGUAGGAUGACUGACGUUGCAGGCUUCAAGAAAGCAUGGAAGGAUGCUAUGCCAGAAGCCUGGCGGAGUAAGUGUGAACUGAACCUUCUUGCUGGCGCAUAUAGCCUGCACGACGAUGGCAGCGGCAUCAAGUACGUGGAUGGCUAUCAUUCAACCACGGCCGCCGCCAAUGGCGCUCCUCCAGCAGAAGCAAAGUCAGCCAUUGGAGCGAAGAGAAAGUGGCAUGAGAAAUUCCGUGCUCAGAAGAAGACCGCUUGA